AUGCCGAAAUCAAAGCGCGCCAAAGUGGUGCACAUGUCCAAAACCACCAAGAAAGGCAAAGAACUCACCAUAAGACUCUACGCCAACAUCCAAGAAUGUAUCCCCAAAUAUCCCUACAUCUACGUCUUCAGCGUACACAACAUGCGCAAUACGUAUCUCAAAGAUGUCCGGACGCAAUUAUCAGAUAGCAGACUCUUCUUCGGCAAAACAAAAGUAAUGGCCGUCGCCCUCGGCCUCAGCCCCGAAACCGAACCCUACCCCCAAACCUCCCUCCUGACCCCCCACCUCCACGGUUCCGUCGGUCUCCUCUUCUCCCCCCGGCCCCCCUCCGCCAUCCUCUCCUACUUCUCAACCUUCGUCCCCCUCGACUUCGCCCGCGCCGGCAGCACCGCUUCUCGGAGCUUCGUCCUUCCCGCCGGCAUGUUGUACAGCCGCGGAGGGGACAUACCGGAGGAAGAAGACGUGCCGUUGGCGCAUAGCGUGGAGCCAAACUUGAGGAAGUUGGGGCUGCCGACUAGGCUGGUGAAGGGGAAGGUGGAGUUGGAUGGGGAGUUUGUGGUUUGUAGAGAGGGAGAAGUGUUGGGAAGUGGGCAGACGACAUUGCUGAAGAUGUUUGGGGUCGCGAUGGCGGAGUUUAGGGUGGGGGUGGAGGCGCAUUGGGAGAGAGAGACGGGGAAGGUUACAGUGGUGGGGAUUGGAUGUUGA